AUGUUCUUGUUGACCUUAACAAACCUUAGGUUCUUUUACGUUUGGAUUUCUCUCACUUCCUUAAUGGCACACUCUUUGGCAUCUCAUGGGGUCAAUGAGUACCAACAAUGUGGGGUUGAGGAGGAAGAUGGUUCACAAAGUACUAAUGGGCGUAGCAAUGAUUCAGCUUCAGCCAUAACUCAUUCUCCUCCUCUAUGUGGCAUUGGCAAUGAGUAUGUUCACAAGAGGACACGUAACCAACUUGAAGAAGCAGAAUCUCUGAUUAAUUUCAAAGCCAAUGAGUUCAGUAACCUCAUGCAAGGUAGUGAGUCUUUUCUUAGCUUUCAGCAGAGUUGGCUGUUUUCUAAAGAGAGUAAUUUGCACGAGGGUUAUAACCAAUGGAACCAUGUUAGUCCCAAAAACACCACAGACAUGCGCCUAGUCCAAGAUUUCAGUUGCUCUGAAACUGCUACUUGUUAUAGCUCCAUAUUCAAUGGUGCAAAAGAGAAACAACAUGGUGAAAGUUCAUCUUCUGGGUGGCUAUACUCAGAACCAAAUGUCCCUAGUGAUAGCCUGAAUGAGUCAGCAGCAAAAGAGUUGAUCUUGAGAAAGCAUUCUUUUAUGGGAGAGAACAUGCAAGCUGCUAGUGCCAAGAAGCAAUGCACAACUGCAAGUAAAGCAACAAAACCAAAGUCAAACCCAUCCAAGGAUCCUCAAAGUGUUGCUGCCAAGAAUAGAAGAGAGAGAAUAAGUGAGCGGCUUAAGAUACUCCAAGAACUGGUCCCUAACGGCUCCAAGGUUGAUUUGGUCACCAUGCUGGAGAAAGCAAUUAGUUAUGUGAAGUUUCUUCAGUUGCAAGUGAAGGUGUUGGCAGCUGAUGAAUUUUGGCCUGUCCAAGGUGGAAAAGCCCCAGACAUUUCUCAAGUAAGACAAGCCAUUGAUGCCAUUCUUUCAUCUCAAAGAUGA